AUUGAUUAUUCUGGUUUUCAGUGGCACAGAAGGAAGCACAAUACAUCUGUUCUGCAUUUCUGAUUUUGGAGCAUUUGAGCAAUCUAUUGGAUUUCAUGUAGAGGAAGCAGUUGACUUAAGUGCAGACGCUGUGUUUAAUUCAACAAAAGUGAGUGGCCAUACGGUUCCUUCUGAUCCCCUCAACAUUGGCACUUUUGAUAAGAUUACCUUAAAUGGAGAUGGAUCCAGAGAUGAUCGAAAUCUCACCAGCUGAUAAGAUGACAUUGUUCAAAGCUGCAUCACAAAGCGCAAUGCUCGUAUCCUUCGAGGUGGCAGUUCUAGAUGCCUCAACCCGGUAUCCGCUUCAGUCUGUUAUCAAAGUCGUUAACACUUGCGGUGACACAUUGCUUCAUGCAGCCGUGCGCUCUGUGAAAACUGGAAGCAAAGAUAUAAUGGAAUGGUUGGCUCAGGGCCAUCCCCAACUGAUUGUUGAGAAAAACGAUGCAGGAGAUACUGCACUUCACCUUGCUGCCAAAACAGGAAAUACUGAGACCAUCCGAGUUCUUCUCCAGGGUUAUGCCCAUCUUGCACCACAAGACAGUACUCCUACUCUGAUUGGGAGGGUGAAAAAUGGCUGGGGAAACACAGCUUUGCAUGAGGCUAUGAGUCUUUACGGUUGUGAUGCCAAGUACGGUGAUGCGGUGGAAAAGCUGGUUUCUGCAGACCCGGAAACGGCAUAUAUUCAAAAUAGAAAAGGGGAGUCUCCGUUGUAUUUGGCUGUGGAAGCCGAUUUCAAAGAGAAAAUGCUCAAUCAUCUCUUGGGGAACCCUUCGACUACAAGACUACCAGAAGGGCAAUCACCAGUGCAUGCUGCCAUUAAGUAUAAAAGAUAUGGUCACAUGUUUCAAAUACUAAGCAACAGGCCAAAGCUAAUAGGCCUAACAGACGAGAAUGGCCGGAGGGCGCUUCACUGUGCAGCAGAAACGGAUUAUUUGGAAGCAAUAAAUUACAUUUCUGAAAAUUUUCCUUCUGAAAUCAGUGAAAGGGACAAUGAGGGUAUGUAUCCUCUUCAUGUUGCAUGUGAAAGCGGCAAUGUUAAAGCAUACCAAGCAUUGCGCUCAGCGUGGCUUGAUCCAACUGAAUUCCUUGACAAUAAUUACCAAAACAUCCUCCACGUCGCGGCCAAAAAUGGCAGGGAUUCUGUUGUGAGGUGCAUACUUAAGGAUCCCAAUCUUGGCCCUAAACUCUUGAACAUGGAGGAUAAGGAUGGGAAUACGCCUCUGCAUUUGGCUGCUAUGAACGGCCAUUCUCUGGUUGUCGGUACCCUCGUGUUGAACAGGAACUGCAACUCACAGAUUUUGAACGUGGAAGGCUUGACUCCCUUUGGCAUAGCUAAGAUACGAGCUGGAGUCGAUGAAGGAAGUGAAGAACAGAAUUCUGUGUGUAUAAAGGAGAAGAGGAAGCAGCCUAAUUCAAAGAGAAGCUGUGCACCAGAUUCAGUACAGUCGAUGAUGACGUUGUCAGUUUUAUUUGUGCUACAUCUACUUGAAACCAUGCUCCGUCGAAAGCCACAAAAGAUGAGUUUGAAGUCGGAGAUCAAGCUGAGGAGAGCGGAUAAAAAGCUUAUCGAGAACAGAGUGACCGGCCUCUUUGUGGUUGCAGGACUUGUUGCUGCUGCCGCGUUUUCCGGUGCUCUUCAAAUCCCCGGUACCGGUGCUGAUGAAAAUGUUGGCCCCAAUAACAGCAGCACCACAACCAACCAUGCCACAACUCAAUGGCGGUGGUUGAUAUACUUACGGGUAUUCAUUUUCUUCGACACUCUAGCCCUCAACCUUGCAAUCAUGGCUGCUAUAAUCCUUUGUUGGGUCCAACUGCUUGAUAUCAACCAAGCAUCAUUCUUUGUCUGGGUCGCAUCACUGAUUGUGGGGUCCUCCUUAUACACAUUGUGUUUGGCUUUUGGAUUUGCCCUUCUGCUAGGACUCAAAAACAUCGCUCCCUUCGGCUUGGCUAUGAUCAUGACGGGAGGCUUGUUUCUUGCAGUGACGACAGCGCCGGUUGCUCCAUUGUUCACCCCUUUUGGAUACAAUUAUCUCUUCGUCCGUGUCCUCUAUUUCCCUGUCUUUAUUGCUUACUUUGUUCUUAAAAGGGUCUUGGAUUUCUGUUGCUGUUGGCAACGGGGAGUGUAGUAUAAUAUGCAUCAUAUAAACAGGAGUUGCCGAAGAAUUGAGAAUUUGUUUAUAUAUUGCAAUGAAGAGGAGUUGUUUGUGCACGUUCAAAAAAAAGAGGAGUUGUUUGUAUUGCAAUAAAAAGGAGCUGUACUG